AUGCCGUUUGGAAUUUCGCAUGAUAUUAUUCUUACAUUAGCGCGGUGGAGUCUUCAUGGGUUUUUUCGAGACAUAAAGGUUGUUGGUCAGGAAAACGUACCAAAGGAGGGACCUAUUAUCGCUUGUUCUACACACAGUAACAUGAUUGUGGAUGCGGCAGUUUUAGCAGCCACAUUUCCACAUAAGCGCAGACUUCACUUUUGGGCGAAAAAUUCACUAUUCGCCAAUAAACAUUUUCGAGCAAUCCUAACCGAUUCUGGCGUGGUACCUGUUGAUCGGACCACAAAGAAUAACCAAGGAUUAUUUUCAGCUACGAUUGAUGUGUUAAAAUUGGGAGAGGUAGUUGCAGUGUUUCCCGAAGGCACAUCACAUUCAGAAUCACGAUUACUUCGUCUAAGAGAUGGUGCAUCGUGGCACAUCAAAUCGGAACAACUUAAUGGAAUAGCACCUGAUGAUGACAGUGUUAAUGAUGACACUAGUAAAUCACAAGAGAAGAAUUAUAAUCAAAAAUCUAGUCAAUCACCAUCCAAAGUGGUUAUAGUUCCAGCGGGAAUAACUUACGUUCAGAAAACAAAAUAUCGGAGUUUGGUUAUAUCCUCAUAUGGUCCACCAAUUGAUGUUGAACCCUAUUUAGAGGAUUUUGAGAGAGAUGAUCGCACGACUGUUAAACGAUUGACCCAGCAUAUUGAAAAAGAGAUAGAGAAAUUGACGAUAAAUGCUAAAGAUUGGGAAACAUUAAAUGCUGCAAACAUGGCACGUCUGCUUUUAUUCUCUGAUGAUAAAGAUGUGGCACUUGAUGAUCACGUGAAAAUAACACAAAGUCUUGUAAAUUUUUUUACCACAACCGAAGAAGCAUCAUCGCUGAAAACCAAUCUCCACCAAUAUAAAACCACAUUGGACUCGCUAAAUCUAAACAACAUCGACAUAGCACGUUACGAAACGCACGAUCUCACCAUCCAUUGGGCACUAUACACUUUCGUAGCCGAGUCCUGUAAAUCGCUGAUUCAACUCCCAUUCUUCCUGCCAGGACUACUAUUUCAUUGGCCAAUCUAUAUCUUGGGAAAACUGUCUGCGCGAUAUGAAGUUUAUGAGGAGAAUAAAGCACAGAAUAAGAUUAUGUUGGGAUUGGCGUGGCUGAUGUUGGCGUAUCUUUUCUUAUUUUUGGUGAUUUGGAUUGCAUUCUUAUUUACCCCAGCAGGGUUUGUGCUGGCUGGUGGUUUUGUGUUCAUUUUUGCGUGGUAUCACAUUGCAUUAGUAGAUAGUCAUUACGACGCAUUCAAAGACGUUCUCUCAUCGUAUUGUAUAUUCAAAGCCUUAAUAAGCGGCAAAGGAAGUGACGCCCGUGAAAAAGUAGAAUCCCUUGUAUCAAUGCGUCGUGCAUGUAUUCGAAACUUGAAAAGAAUAGAAGAGGAUUAUCGGGGAAAGAGUGACGAUCUACGAUACGUGUUUGAGUAUCGUGCGGGCGUUGGUAGAGAUGAUGCAAGGAAUGGAUUCACUUCAAAUACCAACGGAACUGCAAAUGGAAAUCAUUUAGUGAAUGGUGGCAGCAACGGCGAUGAUAAUUAUAAUUAUAAAAAGUCUCUGUAA